AUGCCGCGCUCAUUCCUCGUUAAGAGCAAGAAGGCUCACAGCUACCACCAGCCGCGCUCCCCCGGACCAGACUAUUCCCUCCGUUUGGAGAAUGUACCGGCGCCCGGCCGGGCAGACAGCACUUCGAGUGCAGGCGGGGCGAAGGCGGAGCCCCAGGACCGUUUGUCCCCCGAGUCGCAGCUGACCGAGGCCCCCGACAGAGCCUCCACGUCCCCGGACAGCUGCGAGGGCAGCGUCUGCGAUCGGAGCUCCGAGUUUGAGGACUUCUGGAGGCCUCCGUCGCCCUCCGUGUCUCCAGCCUCGGACAAGUCGAUGUGCCAGUCGCUAGAAGAAGCCCAGCCCUUCCACCUGCCCUUCAAGCCGUAUUCGUGGAGCAGCCUGGCGGGUUCUGACCUGCGGCACCUGGUGCAGAGCUACCGGCCGUGCGCGGCCCUGGAGCGCGGUGCCGGCCUGGGCCUCUUCUGCGAGCGCACCCCGGAGCCGGGCCAUCCGGUGUUCUCCACGCCGCACGGGCUCGAGGUGCACGUGCGUAGGUCCCACAGCGGCACGAGACCCUUUGCCUGCGAGAUGUGCGGCAAGACCUUCGGGCACGCGGUGAGCCUGGAGCAGCACAAAGCCGUGCACUCGCAGGAACGGAGCUUUGACUGUAAAAUCUGUGGCAAGAGCUUCAAAAGGUCAUCCACACUGUCCACACACCUGCUCAUCCACUCAGACACCCGGCCCUAUCCUUGUCAAUACUGUGGCAAGAGGUUCCACCAGAAGUCAGACAUGAAAAAACACACCUUCAUCCACACAGGUGAGAAGCCCCACAAGUGCCAGGUGUGUGGCAAGGCAUUCAGCCAGAGCUCCAACCUCAUCACCCAUAGCCGCAAACACACAGGCUUCAAGCCCUUCGGCUGUGACCUGUGUGGGAAGGGCUUCCAGAGGAAGGUGGACCUCCGGCGGCACCGGGAGACACAGCAUGGGCUCAAGUGA